GACAAUCCCGAAACGUGCUCCCGCCCACCGAGCGGAUCAAGUUUGAAUGAACAACAGCAGUCUGUUCGGAGGUGGUAUUUUGCAUUUGCGGUAAUUAUUAAAAGUGUGUAAUUGCAGCACGGACGCGCCGAUCAAGGAUGGAGAUGAAGAAGAGAAUUCAUCUAGAGUUGCGGAACCGCACUCCGUCAGACGUCAAAGAACUUGUGCUAGACAACUGUCGCUCAAACGAAGGCAAGAUCGAGGGCCUAACAGACGAGUUUGAGGAGCUGGAAUUUUUAAGCACAAUCAAUGUCGGUCUGACAACAGUAGCCCACUUGCCCAAGCUAAAGAAACUCAAAAAGCUCGAACUCAGCGAUAAUAGGAUCUCAGGAGGUUUGGAGGUUCUGGCGGAGAAAUGUCCCAACCUCACACAUCUCAACCUCAGUGGCAACAAGAUUAAAGAUCUCAGCACAAUAGAACCACUGAAAGAGCUGGGGGCCCUGAAGAGCCUAGACUUGUUUAAUUGUGAAGUAACAAACCUGAAUGAAUACAGAGACAACGUCUUCAAGCUAUUACCACAGCUCACUUACCUGGACGGCUACGACAAAGACGACAAAGAGGCGCCUGACUCUGACGGCGAGGUUUACGCCGAGGGACUGGAUGACGAUGAGGACGAUGAAGAGGAUGAGGAAGAGUACGACGAAGACGCACCACCUGGAGACGAGGAGGAUGAAGAGGGAGAUGAAGAGGAAGAGGAGAACGAAGAGGAAGAGGAGGAUGAUCUCAGUGGAGAGGAGGAGGACGAGGAUGACUUAAAUGACAGAGAGGGGGAUGAUGAUGAUGAAGAUGAAGGGGAGCAAAAUGAUGAAGAGCGAGGCCAAAAGAGAAAAAGGGAACUGGAUGAAGAAGGGGAAGAGGACGAUGACGACUGAAAAUCUUCAGUAAGCCAAGUCGUGAACUGUUUGAAACCUGUAUCUCCCAGUCACUUCCCUACAAGCCCUUAUAUCUCUCCUUUGUUUCAUAUUGCAGGAAUAACUCUUUAUUUUUGAUUUUUUGUUUUUUGGCCAGUCAGGUUUAAGGAAUUACUUGGAGGAGACAGAUUUCUUUACCUUUUCUGCUCCUGUGUUCCGGUCUCUGCGGUCCACUUUUAACAGCUCUGUGGACAGCAGUUUUGUAAUAUCAACUUUUUUUUUUGACACUUUUGUUUUCUGAGUUGAUGUAACACCACUUUCUCAUGACUUGUGUAUUUUAUGACUUCCCCAUUCAAAAAUACAAAUACUAAGAAAAGAGUGCAUGUAUGAUACAUUUUAAAGUCAACUACUGGAAUCCAUGUAUGACUGUCCUCGUCUAUCUUUUUGCAUUGUAUUUUUUUUUUUUUUUUUUUUUUUAAUGUAAGUUAUGUGUUUGUAGUGUCACCCUUAUUCCAAUACUCUGCUGUCCUGGCGUGGAACUUCCGCAUCUUUUUAAAUUAUAGCAACAAAACAACAAAAAAAACAUGUCUGCCCUCGUCAAAGCCGCUCCUCCUCCUCCUCUUUAGACCCCUCAGCCUUGAUAGUUCGGAAAUUACGUGUUCUUGUAAAUACUGACCAAAUCUAUUUUUUUGUAAUCCCUUUGAUGAUGGCAGACAUUGAACAGACAACUGAGGUGAAAUUGUGAUAAAAACAAAUAAAUUCAUGCUUUAUCUUAGAUGCGCGGUGUAAUUUUUGUUUUUCUUGAAUUUGAACGUCAUCUUGUGUCCACCAUCAGAACUCAUUGCUUUUCUCACACGGCGUUAUCUUGUAUGCACAGGUGGCAAUGUUUGAAUUAGUUGUGGUAGCGUAGCUUAUAAAUUGCUUUGAAUGGAGGUUCCAACUACAACUCAUGUAAAUUUAAAAUGUAUUGGCUCAAAUCAGUCAAGUUCUAUUAUGAAUUGUUUUCUCUAGUAUUCACAAUGGUCAAAUUGGCCUACCUCAGUGACUUUUCACUGUUAAAAUCCACUGUCAUCAGCCUGUUUUUUUUGUUUUGUUUUUGUUUUUUUCCCCCUUGCACUCACUUCAAUAAAUCCCUUUUAUAUAAA